AUGUGUUGCAAAUUCCGCUGCAGCUUCUGCUGCAUCUGUUUGACAAUCUUUGCUUUUAUUUUCAUGAUCAUACUUUUUAUGAUCAUCUUCUUCACAAUCAUCUCACCCACAAACCUCAAGUUCUAUGUAACUGAGGCCUCUCUCACACAGUUCAACCUCACCAACAACAACAACUUAUAUUACAACUUCAAAGUAAACAUCACAGUGAGAAACCCCAACAAGAAGGUCAUAGUGGAUUAUAGAGGGAUCACAGCAAUUGCUUGGUACAAAGAUAAUGACUUUGCUUAUUUGAGUUUGGCACCCUUUGACCAAGGCCAAAAGAACACUAGCUUCCUUCAAGUGCAGUUUGAAGGAAAUAGUGUGUGUAGUCUCAAACCUAAACAACUAGGUGAGUAUAAUGAGGAGACACGUGUUGGGAUUUACAAUGACUUGGAUGUGGAUUUGGAUUUUCGAAUUAGAUUCAAUUAUGUUGGAAGGUACAAAAGUAGUCGUUUCAAUCCACCUAUUGUUCAGUGUCGUCGUUUGAGAGUUCCUUUGAUUUCAAAUGGUACAUUAGAAUCUCCUUUCAGUGUUACAAAAUGCAGCACCCCUUAUUUCUUUGUAGAUCGUGAUUCAGGAGAUUAA